AUGUACCAGCCAUGUACCUGGAUUGUCAGGAAGGCCAUCACACGCCACCAGACCAGUGAUGCUCAUAAAGAAGCUGCAGCAUUUGAGGCUAACAGGUCUGCACCAAAGACAAUACAUGGAGUGGUGGAAGAGAUGACCAGCCUGCAGCUCCAGGCUCGGGUGGCAGCAUUCCGUAACCUGUACUGGCUUAUUAAGCAGGAAAUGCCACACACCUCAAACUACCUGGCACUUAUGCAGCUAUGUAAAGAGCAAGGUGUCAAUAUCUUGUCAAACCUUGACCAGGGAGGAAAUAACAAUGGCCAGUCUCAGCGGUUCAUCCAGGAGGCUGUCUUGACCAUGGGACAGUGCCUGAGGGACAACCUCCUGGAAAAAGUACGGGAAUCACCAUGGUACACCAUAAUGGUGGAUGAAACAACAGAUGUUGCUGUCCUCAGUGAAAUGAUUGUUUAUAUAAGCCAGACAGAGUAUUUGUCGAUCGUGCCUCAUAAAGAUGGCAAGGCAGAUACCAUCACAACAGCCAUCCUGGAGUUACUGUCAUCAUGCAACCUGCCUCUGCAGCAGAUGCGUGCCUUUGGAAGUGAUGGAGCGGCAGUAAUGGUUGGGAAGAAGACUGGGGUUGCUGUCCAGCUUAGACAGAGAGUUCCUCACCUGAUCAGCAACAACUGUGUGGCCCAUCGAUUGGCACUGGCUGUAGCACAGGCUGUGAAAGGGGUUCCUUAUCUCCCAAGGUUUAAGGAUAUCCUUGGGGACCUCCAUAGGUUUUAUGAUCACAGUCCAGUACGCACAUCAGGCCUGAAGGACAUACAGAAAUUGCUGAAUGAGCCAGUUCUCAAGCUGGUAGAAGCUAAGGCUGAGGAGAGGAAUGAUGUCAGGGCAGCAGGACUUGCAAGGUUCACCCAGGACCAUCGCUUUGUAAUGUCUCUUCAUAUGAUGUGCGACACUCUACCUCAUCUCACAGAACUAUCAACUGCCAUGCAGGCCCGGGAUGCUAUUUACACUACUGUAAAACCACUUGUGACUGGUACACUGUCCAUUCUGCGGGGUCUGCAGACCAUGCAAGGGGAGGCCUACCAGAGUGCAGUGCAGAGGGUAAAGGACCUUCAGGCCCAGGGGUUCAACAUCAAGCCUCCUUCUGAGCAAGAGACUGUCAACUUUAGAGAGAAGGUGUUCAAUCCAUUUAUGGAGAACAUUGUAAAUAAUUUGGAGGGCCGAUUUCCAGAUCUGCCUCUUAUACAGAAGUUUGAGGUUUUUAACACAAGGAAGUUUCCUGAUGACAACAGCACCAGUCAUGGGGAAGAGGACAUCAAGAUGCUGACUGAGCACUUUGGACUUGUGGUUGACAAGACCCUUCAUGAGUGGCGCCAAGUUAGGGAAUCCAUUGCUGACAGUGGGCAUGCUGCAGACAAGGCCAUGUAGUGGGUUACCACAAAUUUGAAAGUCAGCCACACCAACGUCUUCAAACUUGCUGCUGUGGGGCUGUUGAUCCCUACAUCAA